CACACUGAAGAAGUAGUUCUAGUCUGUCAACAUGGCGAAGUGUAUAGACUUGAAGUUGGUUAGUGGACAUUAGUAAGCAUUGUCCUACCAGAAGAGAGAAAUGACGGGUUAUUACUACUGUCGCCAACAGCUGACCGCCAAGUACGAUCAAAUAUUAGGAGAAGACCGUUUGCGCAUUUGACGAACAACAUUUAUCCAACAAUGGAGGUGGAGACUGGAAAACAGAAUAUGGACCGAGGUGCCGUAAAUCGGUUCGGGGACAGUGGGAUGAUGAUCUUGCCAUGGACGAAGCAAAUUCUGUUUGUUUUGUGGGAGCAGCUGCGCUUCCUGGUCCAGCUGAUCUACUACAGUUUCGUGUCAGUCUUCCAGAUGUUCCGUGUCGAAGUCCACGUGCGGAUCUCGGACGAGACAGGACCGGGCAUCCAACACAUGAGCGCGCCUGGAAACUCCGCGGAGGGCUUCUUCCUCUCCUCCUUGUUUGACAAUAACAAAAGCGUCCUCGUCUCCAGCUCCAGCCCCUUGUCCGACCUGAGCGGCUCCCACCACCCGGGCUCCCUGCUCUCCAGCCUGGUGUCGGACGAGCUCUGCUGCUCGCUGGUGGAUGACUUUGUGGCGAGGGCGACGGAAGGAUUCUCCGACACCGAGGAGCUCAGCAUCGGCCACCACGCCAGCUGGAGCUUGGGCCGCCCCGGUGAGUGGAAUGUUUUCGUGGGACCCGAGAAGACCAGUGGCAUUGGUGGUGAUGAUCUAUACUGCAGCAAACCCUCACACGAGGAUAAAGUCUUCGGCUGGGACAAUGACACAUCAGUGGAAGCUGACAUAGUGACCGCGUCCUAUGACCCUUUCAGUCCUCUGAGUUUUUCCACCAGCAUCUUUGGCUACUCGGCAGGGGAGGGCGCAGAGCAGACGAAGACCACUAGCUGGGGAUUUAAAGUGGAGACUUUGCCCGCUGUGGAGGAGGACCACACUGACACUGCCGCUCUUCUCUGCCCGUCCUUCGCGGGGCGCUCUGACAGCGAGAGCAGCUGGGGCAGUUCGGACUGUUCCAGCUCCGGCUCGGACGGUGCGGACGGUGACAGAGAGGACAGCGAGAAGCUCUGGGAGCUUUUCUCCAGCUCGUCCGACCCCUACCACCCUCUUCACUUCACAGCCUGUUCCCUCAGCUCCAAGGCCUCCGAGAAGAACAGCAAGCGCAAGCACACAACUCCUCCAGUCCCGCUCCCCAAGCCUGACACCACCGCACUUCCCGAAUCCCCCAAAGUCCCCGAGCCCCAGUCGUCUGUGACGGACACAGACAGCAGCACGGGGCCUUCGUCGUCCUUGUCCGAGGAGGAUGAGGAGGAGGCCCUGUGGCAGUCUCUGAGUCACAGCGAUGACCCGUACCAUCCUCUACAUUUCAAAGCCUGCCUCAGCAGCUGCAGCCCCAAAGCCAAAGCCAAAGCUAGCACUCAUACCAAGACUAACGCCAAACCAAAACUCACUGAUGGCUCAUCCUCCACUUGGAUACCUGCUGAUGGUGGUGAGCCACAGGCCGGCUUCAUUCCAAGUGCAUUCCAGUAUGAAGGUAGAAGGAGGUCAAAGAGGCCACACAGUAGGCUCCUUCGUAGGACGCUACCCAGGCACCAUUGCUGCACCCCUGUGGGCCCGGGCCCGGACAAACCUGCUCUGGUCCCCUGGAAGAGAAAGGCCAAAGGUGAAGAGGUCAGAGGUGACCUCGGAGAUCAACCUGCAGUGAAGAAGGUUCAGUUCUCUCCGAAGGUCCAGGUGCACAAGAUGUGGGCGUGGUCAUUUGCCCUUCAAGCCUCCCGCAAAGGUCACUGGGAAGAGCUGGCCAGGGACCGGGACCGCUUCCGCCGGAGAGUCCGGGAAACGGAGCAGGCUAUUGGCUACUGCCUGGCUCCGGCGCACAGGGAUAGGGUGCUCACCGCCUGUCAAUCACCCACCGAAACAGGAAAUGGAAGAGGAUCGUGGUGGUAACCAACGGAACUUUGAGCAGUCAGCUGUCUUCUCUCCUGACUGACUGACAGUGCAGUCUGAACUGACGUGAGAACUCGUAUGGCCCCAUUGAGAUUACAUGGCACUGAUGUGAGAACUCGUAUGGCCCCAUUGAGAUUACAUGGCACAGACUGACCUCCACACAUCACCUUCCUGACCUUGUACCUCAUCUCUGCACUCACAAGGUGACAGCCAUUGCACUGAUUGUUGUGACAGACGUUUGUUGUCAUUUGCAUAAUCACAAAACGUUGAAUUGAAUGUAUUGUAUUGUAUAUUUGCCUUAUAUAGACCUUGCAAUGUAUGUUCCUGAUACCUCAGUGAAUUGAAUGUCUUCGUGCUGGCACAAAUAGAUCUGGGGAGGUUUAAAGGGACACUGUGUGAGAUUUGUAGUUGUUUAUUAUGACUGGAAAAAAUGCACUUUUCACACAUGAAAAGGGGGAUCUUCUCCAUGGUCCGCUCCAUGGUUUUAGCUGCAAAAAUGACUCUACUUGGAUCAUACUAGAAAAUAUUUGUUUAUUACUUAGUAAACUUUCAUGUAAAGAUCGAAUUUGGCAAUAGGCAGCCCAGUUUCAAUGAGCAGCAUAGUUGCAGUACCUUUUUUGACCAUUUCCUGCACAGUGUCCCUUUAAUGGGUUAGCUUUAAACAGAACUUCAGGAUAAGGAGAACCGAAACAGAAAAAUGCUGAAUGUUGUGAAACUAAACACGUGAAACCGCUGCUUCAGUUUCUUAUAGGUAGCCUAGUGGAUAGAAAGUUUUCAGUUCCUGCAUGUUACACAGCCAGCCUCAGCAGUACAACAUAAAUGGGACACACACACACACACACAUGCUCAAACACACACACACACAUGCUCAAACACACACACGCUCACACCCUUAUGCACAAGAUGAAUGAUAUUCAGAGGCGUAUAAGGUAGAGGUAGAAUGAAAAGAAAGUCUAAAAAAACUAAUUAGUCAUGUAGGCUACAGUGAAGUAACUGAUUUAACAACUAUGUAAUUUCAUGUAUGAGUGUUGUACUUCCAUCAUGGAUCCAUGACUUUAUGUCCUACUUCUAUCUUAUACACCUCUGAUAACACUGGCCACAGCAACUAGCUCUCUUAAUUAUCAAGUUCUCAUCAUCCCCAUGUUCCUCAUGUUUUGAAGUUCAAGCUUUUGUUGUGAUAGGAAAGCUGGUUUCAAGUUCAAGUGUACUUUAUUGUCAAAAACCCAUGUAACAGGGUUAGUUCAGAAGUUUGAAAUUGCGUUUGACCAGUCUCCGAUGCAGUGCAGUUUAACUCAAAACAUUUAAAUAAGACGUUGACAUUGAAGAACCCAUGUUUCGCUGAGAUAGGCUUACGGCGUGAUAAAGAAACAAACGGAAUUUGGUGCUUCAAGUUCAAGUUCUUUGUCAAUAAAUGCUGUUGUGUGAUAUCAGAUUUGC